AUGGCAUCAGCAGGCCCGAGGACACUCUACCGCAUGGUUUCGAAGCCCCUCGCUCUCCGAUCCGCUCUAUGUGGCUAUUAUGGACUACCCGAAUCGAGUGCACACGGACGUUGGUCGAGCAGCGUGGCCCAAGAAAAACCUACGGUGAACGAUUCGAUCAAGUCUUCCAAAGAACCUAGAAGAAUAACCCACAACUCGAAUGGCCAACAUCCCCCAAAGAAAGUUUACGAAUUCAAUAUUCCCGAUCGGGUGUGGAAAGCCCCCAUCACUACCGAACAGAACCCCUUGAAAUACUCCAUAACAAGAACAACACCCUACAACACCUUGCCAGUUUACUCAGUCAUGAAACCCGGCUUAGGGCAAAUUUGGACGCUUAUAAAAAGGAUCAAUGGGGACUUAUACAAAUUGAAGGAAGACUUGAUUCUAGAUUUCCCACAAUCCCAGCCGAUUCUAAAACUGCACGUCAAUCAAGUAUUAUGUAGAGGCCACAUAACCAAAGAAAUCAAACUGUGGCUACAAGAUAGAGGCUUUUGA